AUGUAAAACCCUAAACCCUAGAAACUAGAAGCUGCCAGGCUGCUUCUAGAGUCUUCUUCUUUCAUUAGAAAAGCGCCCUACGUUCUUCACUUUCAAUCCUCCUCGUGCGCGUUCUGCAUCUCAAUUCAAUUCUCCUAUCGAUUUUGGAAGUACACUUUCUUUGUUUGUAAUUUGAACACCAUGUAUCGUUUCGCUUCUAGCCUCGCUUCUAAAGCUAGGAUCGCUAGGAAUAGCUCCCAUCAGAUUGGAAGUAGACUGAGUUGGAGCAGAAACUAUGCUGCCAAAGACAUCAAAUUCGGUGUUGAAGCCCGUGCUUUAAUGUUAAGGGGUGUUGAAGAGCUUGCUGAUGCUGUGAAAGUCACAAUGGGUCCCAAGGGGCGCAAUGUAGUUAUUGAACAAAGCUUCGGUGCCCCCAAAGUGACAAAGGAUGGUGUGACUGUUGCAAAGAGCAUUGAAUUCAAAGAUAAAGUAAAAAAUAUUGGUGCUAGCCUUGUCAAACAGGUUGCAAAUGCAACCAAUGAUGUUGCUGGAGACGGGACUACUUGUGCCACAGUUCUUACUCGAGCAAUAUUCACGGAAGGAUGCAAAUCAGUUGCAGCUGGGAUGAACGCAAUGGACCUAAGACGUGGUAUCAGUAUGGCUGUUGAUGCUGUUGUUACCAAUUUGAAAAGCAGGGCACGAAUGAUAAGCACAUCUGAAGAAAUAGCUCAGGUUGGAACCAUUUCUGCAAAUGGAGAAAGAGAAAUUGGAGAAUUAAUUGCUAAGGCCAUGGAGAAGGUUGGCAAAGAGGGAGUUAUCACAAUUCAAGAUGGCAAGACUUUGUAUAAUGAAUUGGAAGUUGUUGAGGGAAUGAAGCUAGAUAGGGGUUACAUAUCCCCUUAUUUCAUAACCAACCAGAAAAACCAAAAAUGUGAAUUAGAUGAUCCUCUCAUUCUGAUCCAUGAGAAGAAAAUCUCGAGUAUAAAUGCUGUGGUGAAAGUAUUGGAGUUGGCUUUGAAGAGACAAAGGCCCUUGUUGAUAGUGGCAGAAGAUGUGGAAAGUGAGGCAUUGGCAACCCUUAUUCUAAACAAGCUUCGUGCUGGAAUUAAGGUAUGUGCCAUAAAGGCUCCUGGUUUUGGAGAGAAUCGGAAGGCUGGGCUGCAGGACCUUGCUGUUCUCACUGGGGGUGAGGUCAUAACAGAAGAACUUGGCCUCAAUCUUGAAAAAGUGGAUAUAGACAUGCUUGGAAGUUGCAAGAAGAUAACGGUGUCCAAGGAUGAUACUGUCAUUCUUGAUGGUGCUGGCGACAAGAAGGCCAUUGAGGAAAGAUGUGAACAGAUAAGGUCUGGAAUAGAGUUGAGCGCAUCUGAUUAUGACAAAGAAAAGUUGCAAGAAAGACUUGCAAAGCUUUCUGGUGGAGUUGCUGUGCUCAAGAUUGGAGGAGCCAGUGAAGCUGAAGUCGGUGAGAAGAAAGACAGGGUUACAGAUGCUCUAAAUGCUACAAAAGCUGCUGUAGAAGAGGGUAUUGUGGCAGGUGGUGGUGUUGCUCUUCUAUAUGCCUCAAAAGAGUUGGAUAAGUUGCAGACCGCUAACUUUGACCAGAAAAUUGGUGUCCAAAUCAUUCAGAACGCACUGAAGACUCCAGUGCACACUAUUGCAAGUAAUGCAGGAGUGGAGGGAGCUGUUGUUGUUGGCAAGCUAUUGGAGCAGGAUAACAAUGAUCUUGGUUAUGAUGCAGCCAAAGGUGAAUAUGUCGAUAUGGUGAAAGCAGGGAUUAUUGACCCAUUGAAAGUAAUUAGAACUGCUUUAGUUGAUGCUGCAAGUGUCUCAUCAUUGAUGACAACAACUGAAGCUGUUGUAUCUGAACUUCCAAAGGAUGAGAAAGAUGCUGCAGCAAUUCCUCCUGGCAUGGGCAUGGAUUACUGAUGUUCCUCGAGAAAACACUAAUCCACGUGAACAUUCACCCAAAUCUACACAUAAACAAGAGUACCGGGCUUUUUGUCCAUUUUUUAGGGAGUAAUUAUUGUGAAGGUCCAAAGGCAUCCAUGUAUUCAUAAUGAGGUUCGCAGGUUGUAGGUAGUAGUUGUUGGGGACUGGAUUAUUCAAGAUAAACGAUCUUGGAUUUUUGUUUGUAAGGCAUGUAACGACUAUUUUUUUUGUCCCCUUACAAUAAGAACAAUGUGGUCCUUUUGUCGAUUGGUGGGUUGGUAAUCUGUGUUUCUAUUGUUUUGGUUUUUAUUUGA